UUCACGUAAUGUAUGCUACGCUCAGGAUUUGCCGCCAUUUUGAGCUGUAGCCGGACGAGGAAGCAGCUAGGUUCCUGGCAAGUUUUUAAAAAGUUUCAGCGAAAAUCAACACUCCUCACACCGGAGAAUGUCAACCACAGCUUCACCCAAAAGUAAAAGUACUGCUUUAGCUGAUCAUGUGUACGGUCCGGGUCACCGGCGAUUGAAGAAGGAUGAACAGUAUAAAUGGUCGGAAGAUGAAACAAGACGUUUCCUUGAACUUCGCAGGAAAUAUAUCACCAACUUUUUCACAGGAAAGCGGGGCAGUAUCCAGAAAACAUAUGCGGUGAUUCUAGAAGAGAUGGGUUUGACAGGAAAGGUGACUCCAAUGCAAGCUCGGAAGAAAUGGAACAACAUGUCACAGCUCUACAGGAGACUCCUGAAUCAGCCGGCCAUUGAUGCAGGAGAUGGGAAGGAGUAUGUCCCAGUGAUCUCUUGGCCGUUCUUCCGAGAUGUGGAGCAGACCAUAGAGGUGGAGCCACAAAUUGUGGAGGCUCCAGCACCUCAGCAGUUUGAGGGCACAAGCUUGGAAGAGCUAAGUGAACAAAUCAACGCUCGCAUCCUCCAAGAAACCAUCCCAGCAAUGGCAGCGGAAGGAGAACAGGUGGACUCUGCCGCAGCCAGGAAGAGGACUCGGAGACAGAAGAGAGCAGAGGCCUUGGGGAUGAUCGCAGAACUUCAUCAACUGAACAAAAGACAGGAAGAGAUCCUGGCCGCUAAAAAUGAUCUCAGCAUCAAGUUGCUUACCCUCCUGGCGUGAGCCGUUUUUAUUCCUUCGUUCUUCCUCACUGACUGGUCGUUACAUUUUGCUUGGAAACACUCAUCAAACUCACCCAGUUGUAAGGAUCUCACUUUCAGGAUACAUUUUGGUGUGCCCCUUUAGUGUAUGUAAGUAACAGAGUUCUCAGAGAGCAAUCAAGUUGUCAAUCGAAAUGUCAUCAUGUUGCAUCAUCAGUUGUGGGCAGUUUGUCUUCAUUUGUUGACAUGUAUAGUUUGCCGUUGUAAAUACAAGAUUUCAAACAAUGCACCAAACUGUGUCUCCAAAUAUCGAAUUCAUUUAACGGAAGUGUAUGAAAUAAACUGAUUUCCAUUAAUUAAAGUUACAAGAACGAAAACAAAUUUACCGGUAAACUAGUUGGCUAAGUUGAAAUUGUAUAUAGCUCUUUAGUUCUUUCUUUUGGGUUUUUGUUUUAACAUUUACUGCUGUUUUCAGUUUUUUUUUCCUUUUCGGUUCAGAUGUGUUUAUUUGAUUGUAUUAGAAAAAAUCAUUUAUGGACGAAAUUUGUAAUUAAAUUUAAUGCCUAAGUUCCCAUAUUUUGGCCGUUAUUUUUCUUGGUUCCGCUGUGAACCUUUCUUUAUGGAAUUCGAUGAUAAACAGAGUUUCUUUCGUUGUAUAGCGUACAUUAUAGAGAUUGAGGAUUGAGCUUUCAUUUCGGAAACUUGAGGAAAAUACACUGUGUGCUUAUUUUUCGUUUAGUCCUUGAAAUUUUGUCUGCCUGACGAGCAAUCCACACAAUUCAAGUAUGUGAAUAAUAAUACUACAACUAUAUAAA